GGGACGCCGACCGUGGCCAGGCCCCAGAGUGCAUUGCGGGCUAGAGCGCGCGGGCGCCGCUCCACUGUCGAGCUACCGCGGGAAAAUUCCAAAAACGUCAAACAAAACAAAACACCAGUACGAGGCAAAGCCAAAUUCGCAAGCCACAGAACCCGGGCGGAGGCGUCCUUUCUGCCACUAGCCAAACUGCUGAAGCCGCUCUGGCGCAGACCACCCGGGGUGUCAUCGGCCUUUGGGGGAAGACCAUUUUUUUGUUGUGAGCUGCUGUUCCAGUGCAUUGUAGUUUGUUCAACAUCCCUAGCUCCAGAGCACUAAAUGCCAGCAGCAACUCAACUGAUUUGAUGCGUACUCAUGUUUCCUUCAGUGCUUGGUAGGCCACUGUGAGGGUCCAUCACCUUUUCUCUUUUUCCAAGAUGGCUCAAGAUUCCGUAGACUUUUCUUCUCAUUAUCAGUUUUGGAUGCAGAAGCUUUCUGUGUGGGAACAUGCCUCUACUUUGGAAACCCAGCAAGAUACCUGCCUUCACCUGCCUCGAUUUCAGGAGUUCCUGAGGCAGAUGUAUGAAGUCUUGAAAGAACUGAAUUCAAGUACAAUCAUCGAAAGAUUCCCCACAAUUGGUCAACUGUUGGCAAAAACUUGCUGGAAUCCUUUUAUUUUAGCAUUUGAUGAAAGCCAAAAAAUUCUAAUAUGGUGCUUAUGUUGUCUAAUUAAUAAAGAACCACAGAAUUCUGAAGAAUCUAAACUUAACUCCUGGACCAGGGGGUUGUUAUCUCAGAUACUUUCGGCAUUCAGAUUUGAUACAAAAGAAGUUGAUCUUUUUAUUCAAAGUCUUGGAUAUACACCUGAAGAUUACUGUCCUGGUUUGCUUAAAAAUAUGGUUUUAUCAUUAGUGUCUGAACUCCGAGAGAAUCAUCUUAAUGGAUUUAACACUCAAAGGCGAAUGGUUCCUGAAAAAAUAAGGUUCCUGUCACGAAUUUGUAUACCACUUGUAACUCUGCCAGAUAUUGAACCACUGGUAGAAGCUCUGCUCACCUACCAUGGACAUGAAACACAGGAAGUGCUCUGGCCUGAGUUCUUUGAUGCUGUGAAUGAGGCCUUUCUGCUGAAGAAGAUUUCUCUCCCUACGUCAGCUGUUGUCUGCCUCUGGCUUCGUCACCUUCCCAGCCUUGAAAAAGCAACACUGCAUCUGUUUGAAAAGCUAAUCUCUAGUGAGAGAAAUUUCCUGAGAAGGAUCGAAUACUUUUUGAAAGAUUCAUUGCUGCCUGAAGCAGCCUGCCACCCUGCCAUAUUCAGAAUUGUUGAUGAAAUGUUCAGGUAUGUACUCCUGGAAACCGAUGGAGCCCCAGAGGUACUAGCCGCUAUUCAAGUGUUUACACAGUGCUUUGUGGAAGCUCUGGAAAAGAAAAACAAGCAGCUGAAGUUUACACUCAAGACCUACUUUCCUUAUGCUUCCCCAUCUCUCGUCAUGGUGUUGCUCCAACACCCAAAAGAGAUCCCACAGGAACUGUGGCUUCAGACACUGAAACAUAUUUCUGAAAUGCUCAGAGAAAUAGUUGAAGACCAAACGCACAGGUCCUACGGAGGUCCCUUUGAGUGCUGGUUUUUGUUCAUUCACUUUGGAGGAUGGGCUGAUAUUGCGGCUGAGCAGUUAGUGAUGUCAGAAACUGAAUCCUCUGAGGCCCUGCUGUGGCUCUUGGCAUUCAGCUACAGCCCACGUGACGGGAGUCUGCAGAGAGCCCAGACCAUGGUGGAGUUAAAAGCAGCGCUCAUCCACCUUAAGAAGCUGUUCAGAAGUCCAACUCUCUCAGCCAAGGAUCUACAGGCAGUAGCUGCAGAGAGCCCAGACAGAGACCCCAGACCAGCUUUGUGUCAACAGCUGAGCAGGCGCCUCCUCCUGAACUUCCUGCUCUGGGCUCCUGGAGGCCAUGCCAUUGCCUGGGAAGUCAUCACCCUUGUGGCUCCAACUGAUGAGAUAACCCAUGAGAUUAUUGGCUUUCUUGACCAGACCUUGUACAGAUGGGAUCAUCUCUGUGAGGAAGCCCCAAGGUCAAGAAAACUGGCCCGAGAGCUCCUGGCAGAGCUGCACGCGUCUAGUACGAGCCAGUUGAAGACUCUGGGUACCCUCGCGCAUCCACGACAGGAGACAGCGCAUCCUUGGAGCCGAGUGGGUCUCGCAUCCUCCAGAACCACACCCGGCACGGAGUGGACCACUCAGCGGCGGCCUGUGCCCCAGCAGCUCCAACUUAACUGUCCCCAUCUCACCUUCUCUUCAGGUGCAGAACUUAGCCACUGUGAACAAAGCGGAAACCAGUCACUGUUCACCAAUCAGCUAAGCUCUGCACCUCGGCAGAGAGGUCGUCGGUUGGGCAUAAGGAAUGGGCCGCCGAGCAUCUUCCACGGCUGUUGCUUCUUCUGUUUCUGGAGAAGAGCUACAAGAUGCAUCUGUUCUCCGAACUGCAGAGAGAGAGAACUACGGCUUCUGGAGGAGCAGCCCAGGUCAUGGAUGCGUGGUAAUCCCUGGCAAUGUGAUUUUAAUCUUAAGUCACAAAUCAGCAUGCCAGGAACCCAAGCAGCCAGAGCACUCGGAGCAGUGCCGCACCUGCUCACAGCCCACACCGCACACGCUGCCUUCUGCACACGCCGGGUGCUGCCGUCUGCCCACUAGCUACCACGUGGCCUUGACUUCUGCGUGUUGCGUGUUUUAUCUGCAGUCCUAGAGGCCUAGCCUACAGCAGGACUCAGAGGUGACCACACUCACCCGUGCAGCUUUGGGACAUGAAAUGAAAAGUGCAACCAACAGCUGCCUCCACCCUGAAAGGGCUGAGUUCUCAGUGUGCGGGGUCAGGGCAACCUCCACUGAAGUGCCACCGUCACAGGGAAGGGGCUAUGGGGAAGGGCAUGCACACGGCCCUGCGUUCAUCCCCAAGGGACAGGGACAGGAAGGAAGAGUUCCAAGAAGGGAGCAGCCCCGUGACCAGGUCUACCCUGAAAACUCAUGACGGAGAAGCGAGAGCCAUGGAGCUCGCCGUGACCCCCCCAGUUGCAGAGUUCCUGGUCUCUUCUGCAAGAACAGGAUCACACUUAGAAAACCCUUUUUUCUCCUUAGUAUCAAGAGUCCUUUCAAAUAAAUAUACUUAAAUAUGUUAGAAA